CAUCUCGUCACUUAGCACGUGUCCACAGCACUCCCAGAUUGCCGCCGGCGCAAGGAGAAGUCUCAUCUUCUUCGUCAUAGUUUCUUGUCCGUGGAAGGAAUAGACUCAAAAUUCUGAUUUCGAUGCACCGAUUCAGAUUUUCCGUUCAAUUGUCAUGCAGAUACAUACGGCGCUUCACUAGCCAAAGUACCCACCUCGAGAAUGUAGGUACAAUGGCAUCCCUCCUCAAAUCUCGCACUGUUCUUCGCUUCAGAGGCCCCGACAACGUCAAAUUCCUUCAGGGCCUGUUAACCAACGACCUACGGAAAUUCGAGGAACCCGUCGUCGGUGAGAAAAGAUUACCUAUCCCGACGCCUAAUAUGCCCACAUCCACGAUUCCCCCUGUCUAUGCUGCAAUGUUGACACCGCAGGGUAGGUUUCUAUACGAUUUCUUCAUAUAUAAGCCAUCUCAACCUCAUGAGAAGCUUGACAAAACUGGAUCCGGACCCGGGACAGACACGCGUGAAUUGGAGCUAUACGCGGAUGUAGAUACCGCCGUGCUGGAUGAGCUCUUGACAUCCUUGAAAAAGUAUCGUUUAAGGUCCAAGGUUGACAUAGAGAAUGUGGGUGAAGAGUACUCAUGCUGGCAACGGUAUGGUGAAAACCAUCUAGGAUCUUCUGAAGAAGAAGAAGAAGAACCAGAGGCUGCUUCUGUUGGUUCGGGAGGGGGAGUUGAUCAGAUUGGUGUGGCAGCUUCCCAUGGAGAUGAUCUUGGAUGGCAGUGGCAUAAAGAUCCUAGACUGGACUGUUUGGGAUUCAGAGGAAUCUUCCCAUCGAAUACUACCCCACCACUGGUUGAGGCAAAUAAGGAAACUGAUGAAGGAAAUUAUCGUCUCUGGAGGGUAGAAAGGGGAGUAGCUGAAGGCUCGACUGACAUCCCAAAAGGUGAGGCAAUACCACUAGAGUACAACCUUGCAGGUUUAAAUGCAAUAAGUUUUGAUAAAGGGUGCUAUAUUGGCCAAGAACUCAUUGCUCGCACCCAUCACCGUGGAGUGAUUCGAAAGCGGUUGCUCCCUUUGAAGUUUGUCGAUAAUGAAGGGAAAGAAGUUGGAGAGAAGAUAGCUCCUGGUGCAGAAGUCAUUGAUACAUCAACAUCGACUGGAAGGAAAACUGGGAAUGUAACAACUUCCAUUGGAUGUCGUGGUCUGGGCAUUUUGCGUUUAGAUGAAGCACUCAAAGGGUCAAACUCUCUUGCCAUACAAGGACUGGAAAACAUAAAAGUUCAGGCCAUUAUACCCGAAUGGUGGCCUUCUGAAUGGUAUUCAGAAUAUCAAACACAAGCAGCAGUUUCUUGAGCGUUUUUGUAGACAGCAUACCACUGUUUCUUUUUAUUUAUUUCUUAAGUUAAAAGUCGAAUAAUUGUAAUUUUACAAAAUCACAGCUUCAAUCAUCUAUGUCACUUAAACUUAGUACAAUGUAUGGAAUUUACUUAGAAUAAAGCUCUUGAAUAACAGUAUGGAUACUUGGUCUUUGAUCAGGAA